GACGCGGGGUUGGUGGGGCAGUGGGAGGGCUGGGCCAGAACCUGGUGGGUAACGUUUCCCAGACCUUCUCCUCCAUCCCUUCCGCUCACUCGGAGGGAUGGUGAAGCCCGGUUCCUGGGGACCCGACUCGGAGGGAAGUCCUUUUCAGAACCUCCACAGCGCCGCACGGGUGGAGAAGGGUUCUUGUUUGGCCUCCGGGUCCCCAACUUCCCACCCCCAUCCUCUCCCGACCUGUCACUGGGAACUUUCUGAAAAUAUCUGAGUCUGAAUCUCACUUUUCACCUUUAGAUAGGAGAAAUGAGCCUUCCUGAGGAAGAAAUGCAAAUAUUAUUGUGCAUCUCUUCAGCCUCAGCACAGACAAGCCCACAUCCCCCAACCAUGCCAGUAUCGUAACUUCCUCCUGUACUACGCAAUGACACCCUCUACACACACACACACACACACACACACACACACACACACGCCCCUCAGACAGGGAACACUUCAGUCUUCAGUGUUUGUGGAGGCUUACUGAGUUUUGAGGCUUCAAGCAAAUGAUUCCCUCUUGGGGGCUACCUACUAGCAGCAGGCGUCUGGGAGAGGAGGAGAAUACAGUCUGUGAUGUGACUCAGGCAUCCAGAAGUCCAGGUAAUCAGGCCUGGGCCCUCAAAUUUGGAGCUCCUGCCCCUCGGGGUUUCUUGUUGGGGCAGCUUCAAUAUUCUAGGGACAUAGCUAUUUCCUGAGUAAUGGUCGACUUACAUGACUUGGAAUAUGAGCAAAAUGCUUACGUGAAAAAAGGAAACUUUAAAUACUAACACAGACUUGAAAAUAUUUGUCUCUUGGUUAAAAUUUUAGUAUUUGAUGUUUAAAAUUAGAUCCAGAGAGCCAGAAGCUCUAAGAUUUUGUGGAAUGGACUAAGGAUGGGUGUCUAGGGUCUGACCGUGCCCCUAAGAGAGUAAUUCUCUCACUAUGCCCCAGUUUCCUCCUCUGUAAAAUACAAGGGUUGGUGACUCCCGGCUCUGUGGAUGUUCUAAGGUUCUCUGCCUCCAAGUCAGCUUCUUCCUUUCUCACCCCAAGUGGGUAGGGGAGGGCAGGGAAACCAGAGGAGGGAAGGGAAGGGUGAGUCACAAAUAGCUGGCAGGCUGGCAGCAGACCCCACCCUCCCAGCCCUGGCAUUCGCCUAGACUAGCCCAGGUUGUAGCCUCAGGGUUGGGAUGGACCUGGAGGAAAAAACUGGACUUGUUCCAGGUCUUUGAGGCCCUAGGAUCUUGAAGUUUGCUGCCUUUCAGCUCCAGAGAUAGCUAAACUUUCAGUCAGAGAAGUCAAGAGAACCACUGAAAAGAUCCCAGGAGCACUCAUGUCCAAAAUUCCAGCCCAGGGGUGUCCUUGAACCCUGAGAGUCUAGUUCUAGCCACCACAUCAUCCUCCCAGAGGCAAAGUUCAGGAUCCUGAUACUACAUGUUUGCACCUGACAGAUAUAUUAAUAACAAGGGGUAACAUGUGCAACUGGGCUUCACUGAUGCUGGAACUCCCUGAAAUUUAUGACUUCCUGGCUCAAAGACAUCAUUUUUUCUAAUCUCCAGAAAUGUUCCCCUAGGUACUACCCUUGUGUAAUAAUGUUAAUAGCUGAUGUUUAUUGAGUUCUUACUCUGUGCCAUGAUGUUUGCUAAGUACAUUGCAUGUAUCAUCUUAUUUAAUGCCCAUAUUGCAGCUGAUUUCUGUAGGUGCCCACUUUACUGAUGAGAAAACUGAGGUUCGGGGAGAUGAAAGGACCUCUCAAGGAGCUAGGAUUGUGAUCCUUGCCUGUCCAAUUUGCAAGUCCAUUCUCUUAACUUUUACUAUAUAGUACUUCUCCAGGCUUGAGAACUAGAGAGCUAGGGAGGGGCUAGAAAGAGUUGGAUCAUUGUAAAAAGAGAGGCAGAGAAGAAGCCUGUCCUCUCUCCUUUGCAUUGUAACUUGUUCACUCCCUCCCUGUCACUUUCUCCCUCAGAUUCCAUUUUCUAGAACUUUGGAGUCAUCUUAGAAUCCCCAGGGGAAAUCAGAGAGGCUAAUUAAGCUAAAGAGGCCCCAUUAACCGUAAGACUAUUAGUCUUCAUUAGAUCUGUUGGCAGCAGAAGUUGGACUAUUGUCAUUGAAAAGUGCGGGAUGGGUACAGUUCUUUCUCUAGGAUGUCAGAUCCCAGAACCCUCUUCUAAGUGUUCCAAGGAGAGCUGCUGGAACAGGAAUGGUGUGCUGCAUAAAAGUGGAGAGCAGAGAUGUCCCAAGGGCAGAGCCUGCAGAGAAGGUUCUUUUUUUUUUUUUUAAAGACGUGGUUUCACCAUGUUGGUCAGGCUGGUCUUGAACUCCCGACCUCAGGUGAUCCACCCGCCUUGGCCUCCAAAGUGCUUGGAUUACAGGCAUGAGCCACCAUGCCUGGCCGAGAAGGUCCGUGCACCAUCAGAAAGGAAAGGAGUUGGCCUAUUCUUGAACACCCAAACUAAUUCCCUAACCCAGCAAACCCUAAAUGAGUGGGUGGAGAUUGGAGUAUUUGAGGGGGUACUCAAGAAGUGCUUUUCAGCAUCAUUAAUUCAUUUAACAAAUAUUUAUUUAGCACCUACUCUAUGUACUACAAAUUAUCUCCUUACUUUCAGGUGGAUACUCUGGCAUCCCAUUCCCAUGUAACCAUAUUUGGAUUAAUAGCCCCAAAUUAUGAAUCCUCAGCUUUACGCAAUCAUUUGUACAACCAAUAUUGAGCACCCACUACAUACUGGGAAGGAUGUCCCAGGCAGACAGAACAAUAAGUCUCAUAGCCCUGAGCAGGGAAGAGCUUGGCAUGCCUGAGGAAUAGAAAGGAGAGCAGUGAGACCAGAUGGCUGGGUGUGAGGAGAGAGUGGAACAAGAGGAGAGUAGAGUGACAGGCAGAGGCACUACCACAUGGCCUUGGGCUGGAGGCUUGGAUUUUCCAUCUAUCAACUACCUUAGGAAAUCCAAGCUACUCUGAGCGCGUUUCCUUCUCUGUAGAUUGGUUAUGCCAAUAAUUUCCUAUGUCUCAGGAUUUGAUUCAAAUUAGGAUGUUAUUCUAAAUGUCAGGCAUUAUACAAGCCACUUUUCAUAUAUUAUUUUUUUCUUUUAACUUUGAGCACAAAUUUUUCUGAUCAUAUAUUAUUUUAUUUAAGCCACACAACUAAAGGCCGGGCACCGUGGCUCAUGCCUGUAAUCCCAGCACUUUGGGAGGCUGAGGUGGGUGGAUCACAAGGUUAAGAGAUCGAGACCAUCCUGGUCAACAAGGUGAAACCCCGUCUCUACUAAAAAUACAAAAAUUAGCUGGGCAUGGUGGUGUGUGCUUGUAGUCCCAGCUACUCGGGAGGCUGAGGCAGAAGAAUUGCUUGAACCCAGAAGGCAGAGGUUGCGGUGAGCCGAGAUGGUGCCAUUGCGCUCCAGUCUGGGUAACAACAGCGAAACUCUGUCUCAAAAAAAAAAAAAAAAGCCACACAACUGUGAAAGAUGGGUUCUCAGGCCGGGCGUGGUGGCUCACUCCUGUAAUCCCAGCACUUUGGGAGCCCGAGGUGGACAGAGCACGAGGUCAGGAGUUGGAGACCAGCCUGGCCAACAUAGUGAAACCCCAUCUCAACUAAAAAAAAAAAUACCCAAAAAAAAAAAAAAGAUGGAUUCUCAUUCUCUCCAUUUUACAGAUAUAACUUCCUGAAGUCACACAGUGGUGUCAGAGCUAAGAAUGAAACCCAGAUAUGACAGAUCCUAGCUCUGUUCCAAAACCGUGCUAUAUUGUGUUAACGCCUACCCUCUGAAAAGGUCCAAGCAUCGGAAGUACUACUACCAAGUUGCCUUUCUGGCCAUCCUUGAGAAAAACAGACAGAUGGCCAAGGAGAGGGGCCUAAUAAGCCCCAGUGAUUUUGCCCAGCUGCAAAAAUACAUGGAAUACUCCACCAAAAAGGUCAGUGAUGUCCUAAAGCUCUUUGAGGAUGGCGAGAUGGCUAAAUAUGUCCAAGGAGAUGCCAUUGGGUAUGAGGGAUUCCAACAAUUCCUGAAAAUCUAUCUGGAAGUGGAUGACGUUCCCAGUCAUCUAAGCCUGGCACUGUUUCAAUCCUUUGAGACUGGUCACUGCUUAAAUGAGACAAAUGUGACAAAAGACGUGGUGUGCCUCAGUGAUGUCUCCUGCUACUUUUCUCUUCUGGAGGGUGGUCGGCCAGAAGACAAGUUAGAAUUCACCUUCAAGCUGUACGACACGGACAGAAAUGGGAUCCUGGACAGCUCAGAAGUGGAAAAAAUUAUCCUACAGAUGAUGCGAGUGGCUGAAUACCUAGAUUGGGAUGUGUCUGAACUGAGGCCGAUUCUUCAGGAGAUGAUGAAACAGAUUGACUAUGAUGGCAGUGGCUCUGUCUCUCAAGCUGAGUGGGUCCGGGCUGGGGCCACCACCGUGCCACUGCUUGUGCUGCUGGGCCUGGAAAUGACUCUGAAGGACGAUGGACAGCACAUGUGGAGGCCCAAGAGGUUCCCCAGACCAGUGUACUGCAAUCUGUGCGAGUCCAGCAUUGGUCUUGGCAAACAGGGGCUGAGCUGUAACCUCUGUAAGUACACUGUUCACGACCAGUGUGCCAUGAAAGCUCUGCCUUGUGAAGUCAGCACCUAUGCCAAGUCUCGGAAGGACAUUGGUGUCCAAUCACAUGUGUGGGUGCGAGGAGGAUGUGCGUCCGGGCGCUGCGACCGCUGUCAGAAAAAGAUCCGAAUCUACCACAGUCUAACCGGGGUGCACUGUGUAUGGUGCCACCUAGAGAUCCACGAUGACUGCCUGCAAGCGGUGAGCCAGGAGUGUGACUGUGGGCUUCUCCGGGAUCACAUCCUGCCUCCAUCUUCCAUCUAUCCCAGUGUCCUGGCCACUGGAUCGGAUCGUAAAAACAGCAAAACAAGCCAGAAGACCAUGGAUGAUUUGAGCACCUCUGAGGCUCUGCGGAUUGACCCUGUUCCUAACACCCACCCACUUCUUGUCUUUGUCAAUCCUAAGAGUGGCGGGAAGCAGGGGCAGAGGGUGCUCUGGAAGUUCCAGUAUAUACUAAACCCUCGACAGGUGUUCAACCUCCUAAAGGAUGGUCCUGAGAUAGGGCUCCGAUUGUUCAAGGAUGUUCCUGAUAGCCGGAUUUUGGUGUGUGGUGGAGACGGCACAGUAGGCUGGAUUCUAGAGACCAUUGACAAAGCUAACUUGCCAGUUUUGCCUCCUGUUGCUGUGUUGCCCUUGGGUACUGGCAAUGAUCUGGCUCGAUGCCUAAGAUGGGGAGGAGGGUAUGAAGGACAGAAUCUGGCAAAGAUCCUCAAGGAUUUAGAGAUGAGUAAGGUGGUACAUAUGGAUCGAUGGUCCGUGGAGGUGAUACCCCAACAAACUGAAGAAAAGAGUGACCCGGUCCCCUUUCAAAUAAUCAAUAACUACUUCUCCAUUGGUGUGGAUGCCUCUAUUGCUCAUCGAUUCCACAUCAUGCGAGAGAAAUAUCCUGAGAAGUUCAACAGCAGAAUGAAGAACAAGCUAUGGUACUUCGAAUUUGCCACAUCUGAAUCCAUCUUCUCAACAUGCAAAAAGCUGGAGGAGUCUUUGACAGUUGAGAUCUGUGGGAAACCACUGGAUCUUAGCAACCUGUCCCUAGAAGGCAUCGCAGUGCUGAAUAUCCCUAGCAUGCAUGGUGGCUCCAACCUCUGGGGAGAUACCAAGAGACCCCAUGGGGAUAUCUGUGGAAUCAACCAGGCCUUAGGUGUUACAGCUAAAGUCAUCACUGACCCUGAUAUUCUGAAAACCUGUGUACCAGACCUAAGUGACAAGCGACUGGAAGUAGUGGGGCUGGAGGGCGCAAUUGAGAUGGGCCAGAUCUAUACCAAGCUCAAAAAUGCUGGACGUCGGCUAGCCAAAUGCUCUGAGAUCACCUUCCACACCACAAAAACCCUUCCCAUGCAAAUUGACGGAGAACCAUGGAUGCAGACACCCUGUACAAUCAAGAUCACCCACAAGAACCAGAUGCCCAUGCUCAUGGGCCCACCCCCCCGCUCCACCAAUUUCUUUGGCUUCUUGAGCUAAGGGGGACACCCUUGGCCUCCAAACCAGCCUUGAACCCACCUCCCUCUCCCUGGACUGGAUUCCCGAAGCUUUGUACAUUGCUGCCACACACUCCUGCCAGCUCGGGGAAGUGUUCCUUCACCCUCACAGUAUUUAUUAUCCUGCACCACCACACUGUUCCUCAUGCGCACACAUGUACACACACCCCAAAACACAUACAUUGAAAGUGCCUCAUCUGAAUAAAAUGACUUGUGUUUUUCCAUUGGAAUCUGCUAA